AUGGCACAAACCGGACUUACGAUUUUUCUACUCAUAUGCAUACUACUGCUGGAUCAGACUAUCAGCCAGGCUUCAAAAUUCAAAGCCAGGAAGCACAGCAAACGUAGAGUGAAAGAAAAGGAUGACCUAAAGACCGAGAUUGACAAGCUGUGGCGAGAGGUAAAUGCUCUGAAAGAAAUGCAAGCACUUCAGACAGUCUGUCUUCGUGGGACAAAGGCCCAUAAGAAGUGUUACCUUGUGUCUGAAGGCACCAAACAUUUUCAUGAAGCCAACGAAGACUGCAUAGCCAAGGGAGGCACACUGGCCACCCCAAGGAAUAGUGACGAAACAAAUAUUCUUCGAGACUAUGGCAAGAAAAGCAUGCCUAGUGUGUCUGAGUUUUGGUUGGGUGUCAAUGACAUGAUAAAUGAAGGGAAAUUUGUUGACGUCAAUGGCAUGGCUCUACAGUACUUCAAUUGGGAUCGCUCCCAACCAAACGGGGGGAAGCGUGAAAACUGUGUCUUUUUUUCUCAGUCAUCACAAGGCAAGUGGGUGGAUGAAGUCUGCCGUACUGCCAAAAGAUAUAUUUGUGAAUUUCUGAUCCCAUAA